AAGAGAAUACAUUUUCUCUAUUCUCUCUCUUUCUCUCUAGUUUUAUAACAAAUAAUAAUAAAUUGAUUAAUUCCAGUUCACUGCACACACCUCCCCUUGCACUGUGUUUUGUUGGAUGCCAAAGUCAGUGCUCGCCAGCUUUUCUCCACAAAAACUCCCACGAAUUUCGUCCCCACAAACACCCUCGCACCAAAAAUUUGAUCUAUAUAUUCACCAAUAAAUUUAAAUAAUUGUUUUUCACAAUCCUCCAAUUUUUUUUCAUCAUCGCCCUCGGUUUUGUUGCUCUUCGGCGAGGAGGAGCCAUGAGUCUCUUCGGCCUUGGCAGGAACCAAAGAACAUUUCGCCCUAAGAAAAGUGCACCAUCAGGCAGUAAGGGGGCACAGCUUCGAAAGCAUAUUGAUGCUACUUUAGGAAGUGGGAACUUGAGAGAAGCUGUGAGGUUACCACCCGGUGAAGAUAUAAACGAAUGGCUUGCAGUCAACACUGUCGAUUUUUUCAACCAGGUGAAUUUGCUUUAUGGCACACUCACGGAGUUCUGUACUGCUGAAAACUGCCCUACAAUGACUGCUGGCCCCAAGUAUGAAUACAGAUGGGCAGAUGGAAUACAAAUCAAGAAACCAAUCGAAGUUUCAGCUCCUAAAUAUGUCGAGUAUUUGAUGGACUGGAUCGAAACCCAGUUAGACGAUGAAUCUAUAUUUCCACAAAAACUAGGGGCACCAUUUCCUUCGAAUUUCAGGGAUGUCGUGAAGACCAUAUUUAAACGCCUUUUCCGUGUUUACGCGCACAUAUACCAUUCUCAUUUUCAGAAGAUUGUGAGCCUUAAAGAGGAGGCCCACCUAAACACCUGCUUCAAGCAUUUUAUUCUAUUUACCUGCGAAUUUUCUCUGAUCGACAAGAAGGAACUUGCUCCACUUCAAGAACUCAUAGAAUCAAUCGUCCCUUACUGAAGAAAGCACAUUAUUCAACUUAGCCUUAUCUGGAAACUGACUUUACUUAGUGAGAUGCAUAAUUUUCCCUUAAGUUGUCUGUAAAUCGUGCUCGUGGGUUUCUCUUCUGUCCUUGAACCUUUGGUCUUUGUGUUGAGACAUUUUCUUUUUUUUAAAGAUAAAUUUGUGCUGGGAAAUGAUUGAUAGAUCAAAUUGCUUACACAGUGAGUUAUUUUUUCUUUCCAUUCUUCACACCAAUUUAUGCAUGAUUUGUCA